AUGCUGGAGAUGGAUACUAUUGCUUCAAACAAGCCACACUCGUUAAUCUCAAAUAUCAGACUUAUAUUAAUUGUGGAAAAAUUCCUGAAGAAACCUUUCUUAUCGAGCAGGGCCAGAAAGGAGAUGCAAUUUUUCACAAAGAACUUGAUGGUGCGAAUAAUACAAACGAAAAAUGGAAAUUCGAAAAGCAUUGCGAUGAAGGUGAUAGAGAUGUCUGUCUUACAUGGAGAAUAUUAG